UGCCGUGUAUAUAAGGCCAAGGGAUGAUUCUUACACUGCAGUGUCCUCCGCAUCAGAGAGAAUGGAGGGCCUCCUCGUCUGCCUGCUGGCCCUGGCGCCCUACCACUCCGCCGCCGGCCGCCUCAGCAGCGGAGGGAUCUCCAGCAGCUACCUGCCUCCCUCCAGGGGUUUCUCUGGGUCGAGCGUUGGAUCCUUCGGCGGCAGGCCAUCUGGGGGAUCCAUCGGCAUUGGGUUCAGUUCCUUCGGAUCAGGCGGUGGCGCCUUCGGUGGAGGAUCAUCUAGCAGUUCCUUCGGCAGUGGAGGAUCCCUUGGCGGCAGACCAUCAGGAGGAACUUUCGGGUCAGCCGUUGGUGGAAUUUCGAGCAGUUAUCUGCCUCCCUCUCCAGGAUCCGGUGGAGCAGGCUCAAGCGGAGGAUAUGGUGGCGGCUCCUUCGGCGGUGGAUCAAGUGGAGGAUCCUUUGGAGGUGGGUCGUCGGGUAAUCCCUUUGGUAGCAAGCCAUCAGGGGGAUCUUCUGGUGGUGGAUCGAGUGCUGGUCUUGGGACUUUCCUGCCUCCUUCCAAAAGACCCGUUGGCACUGGAUCAGGUGGAGGAUCCUCCGGUGGUGGAUCAAGUGGAGCUUCCUUCGGCGGUGGAUCAAGUGGAGUUUCCUUCGGCGGUGGAUCAACUGGAGGAUCCUUCGGCGGUGAAUCAAGUGAAGGAUCCUCCGGCGGUGGAUCAUUUGGCGGUUCUUUCGGCGGUGGAUCAAGCGGAGGAUCCUUCGGCGGUGGGUCAAGUGGAGGAUCCUUCGGCGGUGGGUCAAGUGGAGGAUCUUUUGGUGGUGGAUCAAGUGGAGGAUCCUUUGGUGGUGGAUCAAGUGGAGGAUCCUUUGGUGGUGGAUCAAGUGGAGGAUCCUUCGGUGGUGUCCUUUCUGGCAGUUUCCUUCCGCCUUCCACAUCUUUUAGUGGUGGAUCCUCUGGUGGUGGAUCAGCUGGGAGUUCAUCUGGUGGAUCCUUCGGAACCGGCUCAUUUGGAGGAUCUUUCGGAAGUGGAACACCUAGUGGCUCCGGUGGAUCUGGAAGUGGAUCAGGUGGUUCUGAAAUCUCUAGCAGUUACCUUCCUCCUGCGGGGAGAUAAAACAUUGAAUGUUAUUUUUUUUUCUUACGUUUAUGUCUAAUGUUUGAUUUCCACAUUUUUAUUAGAAUAUUUCUUACAAAAAACAUGUCACACAUUAACAAACUAUUUGUUAAUAAAGGUAUAUUCAAUAUUAACAGACUAUUUGAUAUCAAAUAAGGACACAUUUUACAUUUAAAAGACUAAUUAAUGUGAAAAAAACGAAGCCGCUCGUCCAGACGGUCCGAGACAGACAAUAAAUGCCAAACGCUC